GUUGAUAAGACUUUCGAUUGCCAACUCGUAUACUACAUUAGUAACAACUUAAUUCAUUUCGGUUUCUAAAUUAUCCGUGAAUUGGUCAACUCGCAUCGAAAUGUUUUGAAACGACAAGGAAAUCAAAACACUCGCAAGUUAAAAUACAAACCCAGUUGAAGAACUACAACUGAUAUUCUACUUCUCCAAUUACGCGAGUCACGUGCCUUAGAACCAAGUAGGAUCCGAGCAGACAUCAAUAUUAAGUUGUGUCGGUGUUUAAUUACGAAUCGGUUUGAAGAGACAAGGUAGCACAAGUUAAUAACGAAAAAUCCAGUAUAUUAAAAGUGUUUUUAAACUGUGGAACGCAUAACUCUUAAAUUCUUCUAGCUGAUAUAUAGACAACAAAUUGAAAAUAUGACGCCAACACCAGUACUUGAACCCUGCAUACCAUUGCCCAUUGAAGAACGUACAUUGAACGAUGUGACAGAAAAGGCGAAAGAUUGGGCUAUUAUGCAUGGUGCAGCCAUGCGCUCCAAAACCAACUUCAGCGCGGAUUCACUAAAUUUCGCACCGUUUAUUUUGAUGCCGUCAUCUUUCCCGCGCAAAGAAUUCGAAAAGGCUAAAAAUUUGCAAACGAUAAUCAAUCAAUUGAUGCAUAAUGUGGCGCAUGAUGAGGAAUUUCUAACUACAACUCUGGCGGAAACCAUAAAAGUGGAUGAGUUCACUGCUAAUUUGUUUAAUGUUUACAAAAAAGUACUCGCUAAUGGUUUUGGACAGCCAAUUUCGUUGGGCCUAUUGCGCAGUGAUUUGAUGUUGGAGACGAAAUGUGCAAAAUUGCUAGAACAAGAGAAACAUACCCCGUGUGCCUACUGUUGCUGGAAACAAGUUGAAAUUAACACUAUAGCUUCUGGUUUUGGCCACUUAGGACCAGUAAGCAAAGAUAUACAAAGCUUUGUGAUGGGCGAACUAGGACAUGCUGAUAAAAUCAAAAAUAUGCCCGAAAAUGCGGCUUUGUCUGGUCUUUGUGGUGGCAUGAUUAAAGCCUGGGAAGUAUAUGCUGAGCCCAAAGCGGUGAUUCUCUUCAUAAUCGAAGAUGUUUCCUACAAUAUUUGCGAUCAGCGUUUCCACGAGUUUUAUAUACGCGAGCAGCGCCCAAAUAUAAAAGUAUUGCGUCGUACUCUAACGGAGGUGCAUAAAGAAGGAAAAUUGGGACCCAAUAAAGAGCUAUUACUCGGUGAAUAUGAAGUGGCUGUUAUUUAUUUCCGUGCCGGCUAUGAACCUGGUCACUAUCCCUCGCAAGACGAAUGGGAUGCGCGUUAUAUGAUGGAGUGUUCGCGUGCGAUAAAAAGUCCUUCCAUACACUAUCAUUUGGCUGGUACCAAGAAGGUGCAACAAGCGCUGGCUCAACCCGAAAUGCUAGAACGGUUUAUAAGCGACCCAGAGAAGAUAAAAGCUGUGGGACAAAUCUUCACCGGACUCUACUCGUUGGAUGACUCUGAAGCUGGCAAUGCCUCAUACGAAAUGGCGUUGAAAGAACCAGAACGAUUUGUGUUGAAACCACAACGCGAGGGCGGUGGUAAUAAUGUAUAUGGCGUUGACAUUCCAGAUGCACUGAGGAAAAUGAGUCGCGUUGAACGCGCCGCUUGGAUACUGAUGGAUCUAAUUCAGCCUCCCAUUUCCAAGGGUUACAUGAUACGUCCGGGUGGCAAAUCUCCACCAGAAGUUGUUGAUCUCGUUUCAGAGCUGGGCAUUUUUGGCGUAAUACUAGGUAAUGUAGAUAAUGUGAUUUGCAAUUACCAAGCGGGUCAUAUGCUGCGCACGAAACUCUCGACUGCGAACGAGGGCGGUGUUGCAGCCGGACUUGGCGCUUUGGAUAGUCCUUAUUUACUGGAUUAGUGUUUUAACCACCAUUUUUUGGUUUUUACAAAAUUCGUAGUUUUUUCACAUCUAAUUAUGUAAUAUUUUUCUUUUUUUAUAUCUUAUACGGACAAAAAAGUUAUUUUUUCAAUAUUUGCCAUUUUUAAACAUUAUGUAAAACUGAAGCUACUAUUUUGCAGAGAAUUUUUGGCUUUUGCCCAUUUUGAUAAAAUUUGACCAAUGUAUUGUAAAAUUUUUACCCCAUAUCUCACCACUAUCAUGUAUGUAUAGUAUAAUGCUAUUAAAUAAUAAAAAGAAAACACGAAAACACAAUUUUUUAAUACAAAUCAUAUUUUAAAAAUAUAUGUAUUUGCAUUGAGUAGAACAUGUCACAGCAAUAAUCAAAAAUAUAUAAACAUCGCCAUUUAGAAUUAUUAAGAAAGAAACAAUUAAAACACAGAUAAAAUUUUGACCUCAGGACAUUACUACACACAUCUUCAUAUACAAAUACAUUUCUUCUUCUUCUUCUUCUUCUUCUUCUUCUUUGAGGGCCUCUCAGGCGCGUCGUGGCAGGGUUUGAUGAGUAGAAAAAUGGGCGUUUAUACGCUUACUUCUACUACUACUUCUGUUGGUCUGGACAGGCCAUUUGAUAUAGGAAUUGUAUCAUGGUACGAGUUGGGCGGCCGGUCAUGCGAUCCUUCAACAAAUAUGGCAGAGUGCCGUACUUAGUCAACAUACCAACACCACGUAUAUCCAAAUGAGCCCAAUCGACACAUGGCACAAAUUGCUAUUAGAAAUAAGAUAAUGAAUUUGGAAAAAACAAAUCGAAUAAACAGAAUAAAGUCCCAAACUUACGUGCAAUAUUGCGGCUGCCAGACAAGAUGAAGCUGGGCCAGAACCAUUGUUGCUGACAUCAAAACUUACAUGGUCUGGCAAAUGAAAAUAAAUAUUAUACAAUUAGUAUAACAGAAAAUGAAAAUCGUUAUACAAAUAGGGGCCAAAUGAUACUCACUCGUUACCAGAUAUUUAUAGUAGUUCCACAAUGGUAAGCGCCACAUGCGAUCGCCUGUUAGUGAGCCAGCCUUUUGGAAUUGUUUCCAAAUGUAGUGCGAAUUCGAAAAUAUGCCUGUAGCUCCACCACCCAAUGCCUUUUUGACACCCUUGCCAAGCGUGGCCACAUCAACGACCAGACGUGGCUUGUAAGUAGUCUGCGCAUAGAUCAAUGGAUCAGCCAUCACCACAACACCGGCUUUAUCCGUGUCCUGGUUAAUAAAAGUAGAAUUGAAAAUUCAUUAUUGUUGUCUUAUUUUUGAUUUAUAUCAAACUUACGCGUAUCGCCAAUGAUUUGCCGUUGAGUAACGUGACCACAUCACCUGGCUUGCAGGCCAUACCCGAAGGCAUAUUCUCGCAAAGUGGUAUAACAGCGGAAAUAUUAAUGGGCAAUGAUAAAGCUGCGGCGGCACGAAUUGCAGCGACCACUACGGCAGCACCGGCCAUGGCGCCACGAUAUUCAUCCAUGCCUUUGCAUGGGCGCAAGCAGAGACCGCCACUGAAAUAUUAGAAUAAACAAACAAACAAAUAAACAAUUUUCAAUUUUUUUAUAUCAAUAUAGUUCUUUAAGUAGCCUCUUUAUGCUCACCUAUUGAACGUCAUACCCUUGCCCAACAGUAGUAUAGGUUUAUCUUCAGGCGCUGUGCCACAAUAGCUUAUCUCCAGCAGAACAGGCGGCUCACACGAACCUUUCGCAAUCAUUAGAAACGAGUUUAGAUGCUGUUGCUCUAUCCACUCCAUUGUACGGAUCUCCACGGUGACACCACAAGGGCAUAAUGCAUCGACGGUUGCUUGUGCAAAUGUGGUGGGUGUCAUUUGGUUGGCUGGUGCGUCGCUAAGACGACGUGCAAGAUUUUGUGCUUCGGCUUUAAAAAGACCACGUGUCCAAGCGUCUAUGUCGGGUGAGUCGUACAAUUCUAAUUUGGGAAUUAUUGUUCUGUCUUUUUUCAUUUUAUUAUCUUGAUAA